CAGAUGGUCUCGCGCAAAGUUCACGCAGUCAAACCCAUUUAGACACAUGACAAAACCUAGGCGGCCAGUAGCUUGAACAUAACGUCUUCCAUGGAUUUUCUUCAGAUCUUGAACAGUAACCAACAGAGCCGUUUACAUGUAAAAGGGGAACUCACAAGUCACAGCUAAAGCCUCUGUGAAGUUCAAUACUCACGCUCCUUUCGAAGCAUUUCGACCUUCCGCUGCCAUCCUCAACUCUUUCAUUCUUCAAUGGAGGACGCGUACGCCAGAUCUGUUACGGAGGUGCUGGAUUUCUUCAGGGCAGACCCUAUAAAAGGUCUUACGGAUUCUCAGGUAGCAUCACACGCAAGAAUUUAUGGCAAGAACGUGUUGCCUGAAGAAACAAGGACUCCUUUCUGGAAAUUGGUUUUGAAACAGUUUGAUGAUUUGCUUGUUAAAAUCUUGAUUGUUGCUGCCGUAAUUUCUUUCAUUCUGGCUUUGGUUGACGGGGAGACUGGCUUAACAGCAUUUCUGGAACCCUCUGUUAUCUUGUUGAUUUUGGCUGCCAAUGCAGCAGUAGGGGUUAUUACAGAAACAAAUGCUGAGAAGGCCCUUGAGGAGCUACGUGCUUACCAAGCUGAUAUUGCCACUGUAUUACGGAAUGGUUGCUUCUCUAUACUUCCGGCAACCGAGCUUGUUCCAGGUGAUAUUGUGGAAGUUAGUGUGGGAUGUAAAGUUCCAGCUGAUAUGAAGAUGAUCGAGAUGCUAAGUAAUCAGUUACGUGUUGAUCAAGCAAUCCUGACAGGUGAGAGCUGCUCUGUUGAAAAAGAUCUUCUGUCCACUGUAGCAGCAAAAGCUGUGUAUCAGGACAAGACAAAUAUUCUUUUCUCGGGUACAGUAGUGGUGGCGGGUAGGGCAAGGGCUGUUGUAGUUGGAGUUGGUGUCAAUACUGCCAUGGGCAGUAUACGCGAUUCAAUUUUGCACACUGUUGAUGAAGUAACUCCAUUAAAGAAGAAGCUGGAUGAAUUUGGUACAUUUUUGGCCAAGGUCAUUGCAGGAAUUUGUGUAUUGGUUUGGAUUGUAAACAUUGGUCACUUCCGCGAUCCUUCUCAUGGUGGUUUCUUUCGUGGUGCGAUACAUUACUUCAAGAUUGCAGUGGCUCUUGCAGUUGCAGCAAUUCCUGAAGGACUUCCUGCUGUUGUUACAACGUGUUUGGCUCUUGGAACAAAGCGGAUGGCUCGCUUGAAUGCCAUUGUAAGAUCUUUGCCAUCAGUGGAGACUUUAGGCUGCACAACAGUAAUUUGCAGUGACAAGACUGGGACCCUGACGACUAAUAUGAUGUCUGUGUCAAAGAUAUGUGUGGUUCAUUCUGUACGUCAUGGUCCUGUAAUUUCUGAAUAUAGUGUCAGUGGGACAACUUAUGCUCCGGAAGGAGUAAUCUUUGACCGCAAUGGCAUACAGCUUGAUUUUCCAGCUCAAUCACAUUGUCUUCUUCAUAUUGCAAUGUGUUCAGCCCUUUGCAAUGAGUCUCUCUUACAGUACAAUCCAGACAAGGGGAACUACGAAAAGAUUGGGGAGUCAACUGAAGUAGCUCUCCGUGUUCUGGCAGAAAAGGUUGGCCUUCCUGGUUUUGAUUCUAUGCCUUCUGCUCUGCACAUGUUGAGCAAGCAUGAGCGUGCUUCUUACUGUAACCACUACUGGGAGAAUCAGUUUAAAAAGAUGUCUGUUUUGGAAUUUUCUCGAGAUCGCAAAAUGAUGAGUGUCCUAUGUAGCCGUAAGCAGAUGGAGAUCAUGUUUUCUAAGGGUGCUCCUGAGAGUAUAAUUUCUAGAUGUACAAAUAUAUUGUGCAAUGAUGAUGGGUCAAUCGUUCCAUUGUCUGCUAAUAUUCGACAAGAGUUGGAGUCAAGGUUCCACAGCUUUGCAGAAACAGAAACACUGAGAUGCUUGGCUCUCGCAAUGAAACAGAUGCCCAAGGGUCAACAAACACUCUCCUUUGAUGAUGAGAAAGACCUUACAUUUAUUGGAUUGGUUGGAAUGCUUGAUCCGCCGAGAGAGGAAGUGAGAAAUGCAAUGCUUUCAUGCAUGACUGCUGGUAUUCGUGUUAUAAUUGUCACUGGCGAUAACAAGUCCACAGCUGAGUCACUUUUUCGGAAGAUAGGUGCUUUUGAUUACAUAGAAGAUUUUUCUGGGCGUUCCUACACUGCCUCCGAGUUUGAGGAGCUUCCUGCCUUGCAGAAAACACUAGCAUUGCAACGAAUGGUUCUCUUUGCCCGGGUUGAACCAGCUCAUAAGAGGAUGCUGGUUGAUGCCUUACAGCACCAGAAUGAAGUGGUUGCAAUGACUGGUGAUGGUGUCAAUGAUGCACCUGCCUUAAAAAAAGCAGAUAUAGGAAUUGCCAUGGGAUCUGGAACAGCAGUUGCAAAGAGUGCUUCAGAUAUGGUUUUGGCUGAUGAUAACUUUGCUUCAAUCGUUGCGGCUGUCGCAGAGGGGAGGGCAAUUUACAAUAACACCAAGCAGUUCAUAAGAUACAUGAUAUCUUCAAAUAUUGGUGAAGUUGUUUGCAUCUUUGUGGCUGUUGUACUUGGAAUCCCUGAUACCCUUGCUCCUGUCCAGCUACUCUGGGUCAAUUUGGUUACAGAUGGUUUGCCUGCUACUGCUAUUGGCUUUAAUAAGCAAGACUCUGAUGUGAUGAGGACCAAACCUCGUAAGGCAAGUGAAGCGGUUGUCACUGGGUGGUUGUUCUUUCGUUAUUUGGUAAUUGGAGCCUAUGUUGGCCUUGCCACUGUUGCGGGCUUUAUUUGGUGGUUUGUUUACUCUGAGAGCGGUCCAAAACUACCAUACAGCGAAUUGAUGAGUUUUGACACCUGUUCAACAAGGGAGACAACUUACCCUUGCAGUGUAUUUGAUGAUCGGCAUCCGUCAACAGUGUCCAUGACGGUGCUUGUUGUUGUUGAGAUGUUUAAUGCUCUUAAUAACCUCAGUGAAAAUCGAUCUCUACUGAGCAUCCCUCCUUGGAGUAAUUUAUGGCUUGUUGCUUCGAUCAUCCUGACAAUGCUGUUUCACAUACUCAUACUAUAUGUGCAUCCACUAUCUGUUCUUUUCUCUGUGACUCCUUUAUCUUGGGCCGAGUGGACUACCGUCUUGUAUCUUUCAUUUCCUGUAAUAAUCAUCGAUGAAGUGCUGAAGUUCUUUUCGAGAAAUUCUAUCGGCACAAGGUUCAGUUUCAGAUUCAGACGACCUGAUUUGCUUCCGAAAAGGGAAUUGCACGACAAGUAACAAGAGGAGCCUUUAUAUGAUCUAAAUUUUGCACACAAGAGUGAGAUCAAAUCAAGGUAGAUCUUUGCACUAUUGUUUAUGGGAAGUGAAAGGAUAUGCAUCUUUCACUGUAGUUUGGUGCUGAUGGGAUGUGAAAGAUAAAGUUAUGAAAGGUGAUGCACUGUACAAUUUCUAGGUAUUCAGGGCUCUCAUUAUUCUGAAAGGUGCCAUCCAUUUCACGUUGUACCAGAAGGCUGUGGAUUUCGUCGAGCUGGCUGGGAAAUAAUGACUCUUUUUUGUGCCUUUUUUUAAUACUAACUUUCAUUCAAAAUUAGUUCUCCCAAAAUUGUUUCGUACUCUUCCUGUAAAUUAUAUGUGCUCUAAUUUGUAUCAUUGCAUAUUUUGCUAGUCUGAAAAGCUCAUCGUACUUCUUUCCCCU